CCGAUGAUGAUGGACGUAUCGGAUGGCGGGAAGACCGACCGGGCUAUGACACGCCAAUCGUAUCAAGUACUUCACGAUGGAAACCUCGACGUCAUGCAAAUACUUCGAGAUAACCUGAAAAGACAUGACGAAACCACCAUCCCUAGCGUGGAGCCGGGAUCAGUGAAAUUCAUCCUGCACGUCAGGAGUCGCAAAGGCCUCGACAGCCUGUGGAAGGAUUACUGCUCCGGGAAACUUGCUCAGGAGUUCGGUGAGGCGCUCAUCACUGACGAACUCACCUCCGAGGACAAGAGUAACAUAACAGUCAGGCUGAAGAUACAGGAAAGCGACUACGAGAAAGGAUGCAGAUUCUUCGAAUCAUUGCAAACUGACCCUGCCGAGCGAGUGUUACCAGUGCGCAUGUCUGACUGGACUGUGGAGCAUGUACGGCAAUGGCUUCUAGAUAUUGGGGUAUCUGAUUCCAUUGCCGACGAAAUGUACGAGGGAAAAAUACGCGGGAAAGUGUUGAAAAUGUACACAAAGGCUGAUCUGAAUGACGACUAUAGCCAUAUUACGACAGGCGACAUGCGUCUUAUUUUGUACAGCAGGAAAACCUGGUUGGAGUCUGAAAAGCAACAGCGAAGCCCACUCAGACAAGAAGCAGUGACUCAAGAAACGGAGCAAGAUCUGUCUCACGGCAUCGAACGGGAUGUUCAAGACCAACCCACGCCGUUUACGUGGGAACCCAAGGAAUCCGCACUCCCUCAGGGUGACGAAAGUUCUCAACCCGCAGCAGGUGCUACUACAAAAGAUGUCACUGCAACGACUAUCGAUAGCAUCCAUGUAGGAGGCAGUAACAACCCUGUAAUAAUGGGAGGUCAACAUGUUAUUAAUUACUAUCAUGAGAGCCCGAUGAUGAUGGACGUAUUGCGUGAUGUGCAACCGGACGAUGCGCUGACAAAACGCUUGUACAAAAUACGUAACGAUUACAUAGAAUUACUCGGAGAUAUCGUGAAUAAACAUGAAACCACCAUCGCUAGCGUGGCGAUGGGAUCUGUAAAACUCAUUCUACACGUCAAAAGUCGCAAAGGCCUCGACAGCCUGUGGAAGGAUUACUGCUCCGGGAAACUUGCUCAGGAGUUCGGUGAGGCGCUCAUCACUGACGAACUCACCACCGAGGAUAAGAGUGAUAUAACAGUCAGGCUGAAGAUAUCGAAAAACGACUACGAGAAAGGAAGCAGAUUCUUCGAAUCAUUGCAAACUGAUCCUACCAAACGAGUGCGCAUGUCGGACUGGACUGUGGAUCAUGUACGGCAAUGGCUUCUGGAUAUUGGGGUGUCUGAUUCCGUUGCCGACGAAAUGUAUGAGGGAAGCAUAGACGGAAAAGUGUUGGAAAUGUACACCACAAAUGAUUUAAAUGACGACUACAGCUCGAUGACGAAACGCGACAUGCGUCUUAUUUUAUACAGCAAAAAACGCUGGUUGGAUUCUGAACAACAACAGCGAAGCCCUCUGAGACAAGAAGCAACGAUUCAAGAAACAGAGCAAGGCUUCUCUCACAGCAGCAAACGCGAUAUCGAAGACCAACUCACCCCUUUUACACAGGAACUAAAGGAACCGGCACCCCUUCAGUGGAAAGAAAGUUCUCAACCCGCAGUUCGUCCCAAAGCACCAAGGAUUCGUGACAAGCCAAGUCCAAAGAAGGAGAAAGCAAAUAAAGUUGCAGCUGUGGUUCUGCGGCAAAGCCUAGAAUCCACUACUUCGUUUCAACAGUCUGAUCAUCCUGAUGAUUACUCCAACAUCACUGAUCAGCGACGACCACGGCAGCCACAUGAUGAAAAGCGGCACCAUGAGGCUAAAUCCCGGGAGCCACAGGAAAAGGAGAAAAACUUGCCUGUAGGUGAUAGACUAGCAUCAAUAUCACGUAAAAUAUCAGAAGUCGCAACAACUGACGAGGCCAGGCUUCGUAUGUUACUCACGGGCGACGAACGUGGUGAGCUUGACCAGUCGUAUUAUCCAGUGCUCAUUGCAAACAAACCUGCAACGCCAGCUGACAAUGACACAGACGCAAUCGUACGUCAAUUUGGAUUCAUUAAGACAAUCAGGUGGACCACCGUCCUAGACUUUAAUUCAAAAUCCAAAGAGGACGGGCUAUGCAAGCUGUACCAUGACGAUCGAAUGGUCUCUCUGCAACAGCCGGAACUAUUCAAACGCAUCGAGUCUGAUGAAGAGUUCCGGAAUUCAAUCGAAUUUUCUGAAAAGACAGUCUGGGUGUUCGCAAAUGGGCGUGAAGACGACCAGGAUAUCCAGGCGCCUAAGAUGGCCCUGCCUGAAUGGCACAAAGAACGCCGCAGAGAUGUAGAAGCUUCGGUGACAUUCUUCUCCCAACCAUCGGUGAUACCGGAAGGUCGAGCUGUGAUCAUGUUCCUGCUGCUAUCUGAAGAUGACAUCGACAUCCUCUGCGAGAUUUUUGGGAAAUUGUCGUCAUCUUUUAAAAGCCUGCAGAACAUCGUCUGCAUCGCCGAAGACCAAGAGCUUUAUUCCAAGUUUGUGAGUAAUGUUACAAAGUGGUUUUCCAAAGAUGAAAUCGACAAAAGGAGUUUGGUGGGACUUGAGUGGCAAGAUAUAAACAGAAUCAUGAUGCAAAUGAAUGGCGUGAACCAGACCACCAAGAAUGAACUUCCUUCCAACUUGCCUGGGCAGUGUUUUCUUUCAGAGAAACAGAAGGAUGAAUGGAAUGACAUUACUGUUGUGUGCAAGAAUGAGUGUGAAAAUACCGAUAUGGACGAUACCAGUCCAAGCUACCAGCAAUUUGUUAAAAGAAAGGAGCUAGACUUUUACCAUGGUGAGAAAGUUGAUUGGUGGAAUUUUGCCAUCGGUGAAAAAGAGAUAAAGCUUCGCAAAACCUGCGGUCAUGUUCUGAAAAGGAAAGGUUUUGGGGAUGUUCUCAGGAAAGUAAAAAAACCACUGGAUAGUUCCAGGAGUGGAGAUAGCUUGAUUGUCACAGUGACACUUCUACACCAACCUGGCGCUGGGGGUAGCACUUUAGCUCGCCAUGUCUUGUGGGAACUUCACAAAGAUUACCGAUGUGUGGUAGUUAACAGAGUUACAAGUCGCACGGUCAACCAACUAAUGGAGGUGAGACACUUUGGUUAUGAGAAGGAACAUGUUAGGCAAAUCCCGCCAGUGUGCGUGCUCGUUGACAAUCUCGAUGAUGUUGAAGUGCUGGAUUUGAUAGCAGACUUGGAAGAGAAAUCAAAACAUGUUCGUGUGGAUGGUGGAGCAGUGUGCGUCCUGCUUCAUUGCAAGCGUAAUGCAGACCCACUUAAGGCCAUCACUGCCAAAGAUAGGGAUCCCGACCUCUACAUACCAUUGACCCAGAAGCUUAACCAAACAGAAAAGGAAUGGUUUCAGCAAAAGUACAUUGAAUUGGAACACAAGGAAAACGAGUACAAAACAGGAGAUUACAUUCCUGACAAUCUCCUUGCCUUCAUGGUGAUGAAGGAGGAAUUCAACAAGGAGUAUAUAACAGGUGUCGUCUCAAGGAUACUUCAAGACAUCGAAGGGAACGAGCUGAAGCUAAUUAAACUGUGUGCCCUUCUGAACUCUUACAUACAUGAAGCUGACAUACCUAUUUCUUGCUGUGACACGUUUAUGGCCGGUACAUGGGCCAAAGGAAAGACAAUCUACUUCACGAGACAAACUUUGAACUGGGAAAAGUCUGUGUCAGCCUCAUUUAAGGUUAUGGUGGUUAUAACAGAAAACCGAACCAUCAAGAUUUUACAUAAGAGCAUAGCCGAGGAGGCUUUGAGACAAACCCUGAGAGAUAGCGGGGGCAAAUCGCUGGCGGAUGUAACACUGGAGUUCUUGAACAGCGAGCUGCUUCGGUCGAGUUCUUACGGCAGAAAGAUUCUGGCAAAGACAACGCAAGAUCUACUCAUCAGGAGGGAGUGUGUAGAGGAUACCAAGACAGAAUUUUCGGUACUCAUCGAAGAUAUCUGCAAAAUGCAGGGAUCGGAAAAGGCCAUCAACAUACUGACAAAGGGCGUUGAAAUACUUCAAGAUGCCUUUGUCGCACAGCAUCUUGCAAGGUUUUAUUUCAUAAAGGAGAAAAAAAUCAAUGUGGCACACACCUUUGCUGCGAAGGCGUUAAAUAUUAAUCCCCCAAACCCUCAUUUUGAGGAUACAAAACGUCGUGUUUACGAAGCACAUUUUGACACCCCUACUGAACCACGCGUACUUGACCAGCAAGCCCAUAGUUAUAUGGAACGAAGGAUUUUCUCUGUCCUUUGA